AUGUCUGUAGUGCGAAGUGAAUUACCGAUUCCUUUACCUAUGAAUGUGAAGGGAGACCUCAAAGGGAACUGGAAAUUCUUUAAAUCACAAUGGAUGAAUUAUGAAAUAGCCACAGGCCUGGACAAGAAACAUGUUGCAAUCAGGAUAGCAACAUUAUUAACAGUCAUUGGCAAAGAUUGUUAUCAUAUUUAUGAGAACUUAAACCUCACGGAAGAAGAGAGACAGGAUAUAGCAGCAGUUAUAGAAGCACUUCAAAAACACUUUACACCAAAGACAAAUGUUAUCUAUGAAAGAUAUAUCUUCAAUACAAGUGAUCAACUGCCCAAUGAAACACUAAAUGACUACAUCUGCAGGCUGAGAGAACUCGCGAAGUCGUGCGAAUUUCGAAACAUGACUGAUGAUAUGAUACGUGAUCGUCUAGUGUUAGGGACCAAAGACACAGCAUCAAGAGGCAGAAUGUUAAGAGAAGCCGACUUAACACUGGACAAAGCUUUAACAAUGUGUUUGACAAGCGAAAGAACUUCAUCACAGCUGCAGAAGUUAGAACACAACACCAGUCAUACAGCCAGUUCAGAACUAGCAGAAGUGAAAUACGUCAGUUCAAAAGGAGACAAAACCUAUAAACCCAGAGGAAAACAUCCAUUCAAAGGUCAAGGGAAGAAACAGCAGAAGACUGUACAGCCAAAGAACAGUGCAAUGGUUAUUAAGUGCAAGUACUGUGGAGGCACACAUCCACGAGACAGAGACAAAUGCCCAGCUUUCGGACAUACAUGCUGGAAAUGUAAGAAGAAGAAUCACUUUCCAAAAGUUUGUAAACAGACUACUGUGAACAGUAUCCAAGAGGAAGACACAAAUGACUCGGACUCUGAUUCUCUAUAUGCUGUGAAUUCUUCGUCUGGAAAACAGUGGUUCGUAAAAAUCCACAUGAGUGCUAGUGGAAACAGUUCUAAUGUUACCUGUCAAUUGGAUAGUGGGUCUACCUGCAACGUAAUAAACUUUAGGCAGUACGCUCAAAUCAUGCAAACAGGCGACCCCCCACUGAAACCUACCGAGAAGACACUAAAGCUCUACGGAGGGAAAUCGAAACUCAUUCCUCUUGGCAUUGCAACCUUGAAAUGCCGGGUGAUCCAGUCUGGAAAAACAGAAAAUCUUGACUUUUAUGUAGUCGAGAUGGACCAGACACCUAUCCUCUCAGCAGAAGCUUGUGAAAAACUUGGAUUACUGACUGUCAAUGUAGUUCACAAGCUGACAACUACGUCAUCACAAUUUAAGCCAUUGUCCAAGGAACAAAUUCUUGAUGAGUUCAAGGAUGUAUUUGAAGGACUCGGUGAGUUUAAAGGCGAGUACCACAUUGAACUUGACCCAACAGUGAAGCCAGUACAGAGACAGCCAAGAAGGGUACCACAAGCUCUUAAGGGAGAAAUUAAGGAAAAAAUUGAAUCUCUAGUCAAAAGAGGUGUUCUCAAGAAAGUGUCAUCACCUACAGAUUGGAUUAGUAACAUGGUUGCUGUCAAAAAGCCUGGUAAACUGAGACUGUGCAUCGACCCCAAAGACUUAAACUCUGCUAUUAAAAGACCACAUUACCAAAUGCCAACUGUAGAUGAUAUUCUACCUAAGAUAUCAAAGGCCAAAGUGUUCACUGUGAUGGAUGCUAAAGAGGUUUCUGGCACGUGA